AUGCUGUUCUCCUUAACUCCUGGCCACCAGCAUGACCCUUUCUCGGGCGAGCCCCUGCGCGAGGCGGUCCUCGCCGACUCGGACCUCCGCCGAUUGAUCGACCUGCGCCGGACACACCCGGUCGUCAAGCGCACCCUCGAUGUGCGUGCCCAGCGCGAGGACCUUCGAGCCAAGCGCGCCCGCUUCCUUGAGGCCCUCCGCGCGGACCCCGCGAAUCCAGCCGCCCCGUCGGCCCCCCCGCCGGCCCCCCCGCCGGAAUAG